UAUCUGUAUUUGUGUCUAGUAUACCAACGAAACGAAGAAUAGGUUUGUUUUUAAAUAUAAAGUUGGUUGUUGAAGCAGUUAUUAUUCUGCAAGGAUGCCACAUCAGCUGUACAAAAGCUGGAAGUACACGCGAUUCAUGAUGUGUUUGCUGCGCUGCUUUCUGUCAUUGUCGUAUCUGUGGAUAAUGCUUCAUGCGGCGGCUGUGGUGCCGGUGGUGAACGAGCAUUCGAAGUGGUUCUUUUGGGUGCAGCAUCUCAAAUUUUGGAUAACCUACGCAUCGAUCCUCACAUUUGAUGCCCAGACGCAAUGCUACGUAGUUCUGGUGAUGCUCAUGGUGCUGUUCCGGCUCUACCAGUGCAGUCGCUGCAACUUCUGCAACACGCGGGAUAACAUACGGGACGGCGGCAAGAUACCCUACAAUAAGCGCAUGUUGCUAUACUUUGGCCCCUACCUGCUGCUCUUCAGCUUCUGCUGGCUGGCAAGCAUGUACUCCAUAGGACUGGAUCUGAUGCGGAUUAUACUGAACGACGAGAUACAUACCGAUUGCAUGUACAGCAAGAUAGGCAUGGCCGUCUUCUUCAAGAUGCUGGUAUUGGCCAACGUGCUAGUCCGAUGUGUACGCUGCGGUGUCAUUCUCCACCUGUUCGCCGAUGAGCCCGACGAGGAGCUUCGCAAUGUUCACAACCUAGGCGAGCAUUUAAAUUUGUUCUUUCUUAACUAAUUUUGUAUUACCUUUGGGUCAGAGUUGUGUAAAAAUUAAAAACGUUUUC